AUGACUAGGCACGAUGGUGCUGAAGGCGACACAAAGCUUGCGUGUCGCAAGGCAAUGUGGCUAAGCACGAUGGUGCCGAAGGCGACACAAGAUGUGGCUGGGCACGAAGGCACAGGGGUGCCGAAGGCAACACAAGACUUGCAUGAGAUGAAAAUUGCCGAUGGGCAUGAAACUUUGGCAAGGGUGCCGAAGGGCACUAAAAGAAUGGAGAACGACAAAGGCUUCUUGUGUCGAUUCCCACAGACGACGCCAAACUGUUGA